ACUUCUGUUUGUGAUGGGCUGAUGGGUUUUGUGAAUCCUAUAUCAAAAUAAUAUUUUCUAAAUAGACGUAUGAUUUGUGCCACAUAAAUGCUAUAAAUUAUUGAUUAAUAUUGAUAUAAGAUUACUGUGUCAAUAUGGAUAAACUAACAGUGAUAUCUGGGACUCUGUUCAUGGCAGCUGAUGUGUUUGCAAUAGUUAGCCUUGCCAUGCCCGACUGGAUAAUUACCGAUGUUGGAGGGGAUACUCGACUAGGGCUCAUGUGGUCCUGUAUUACACUAUAUAACAGACCACAGGUGUGCUUCACUCCAGACCUACAACCUGAAUGGCUACUAGCCCUUAUCUGCAUCUUUAUUGGAUGUAUAUGCAUCACAACAACAGUGAUACUCUUGGCAUCAAGUCACUUUGAUCGUAAUGUUAUCCCUUAUGCGAGAUGGGUGGGUUUUGCUGCAAUGGUAGUUUUCUGCUUGGCUGCAGUCAUUUUCCCAAUGGGAUUCCAUGUUGAUGAGAUCGGAGGCCAGCCAUAUCAACUACCAAACAGCCAUCAAGUGGGAAUAUCUUACAUAUUAUUUGUUCUCUCACUGUGGAUAACAGUAAUAUCGGAGCUCUUUGCUGGCAAAGUGUGUCUGCCCCACUUUUAAGCAGAUUUCAGGGUUGUUAAUGAUAAUUACAUUCCAUUAAGGUCCACUUGCACCAUCCCAUUAACCCGGGGUUAAGUGGUUAAAUCGUUAACUCAGUGUCAAAUUGUACUGGUAACCAUGGUAACGCCAGGUUUAACCUGUUAACCCCGGAACAGUGGAAUGGUGCAAGUGCGCCUAAGUAUUUUUUUGAGGGCCUAUAUUUGGUUCAUUUAUGUGGCAUUUACACUACAGUUUCUAAAGUGGCUGUCACACUUGCCACUUACAUACCUUUUAGGUGCCAGUCAGCCAACAUUGCUUGCAUGUUAUCACAGCAUUAGGGUAGGAUGUAGACUACUUCUCAAUGACUGCCCUGCCCAUAAGAGUAAAGGUUAAAAGAAAUAAAUACUUACCAAAGGUACAUUGCUGCUACUGUUCUGAAAUGCACACUGUACACACAGAUGAACUCGCAGCAUGAGGCAAGAACAGCCUAUUCCAAAUAACUUUUGUUCAUAAAAACAACCAUUUAGCUACUUGAUUUUCAAAUUCAACAAAAUGAACAUGAUAAAUAUAUCUUAUGAUAUGAUUCACUGUGGAUAAUUGUGACGUUCCACGGCAAAAGGUACCUUAUGGCGGCUGGCGCUUACGUCGCAUAGUGCCGCAAUAAUAUUGGAACGGCGUUAAUAAUAGCGUAAGCGCCAACCGCCAUAAGGUACCUUUACUCGUGGAACGUCACAAUACUCACAAUUGUAAUGAAAAUCGCCAAUUAUAUUUUAGCAUGUUAACUUGAAACCAUUAUACAAUGUAAGCGUUAGCAUUAUAUCUGUGAUUAAAACACUAAAUGAUAAAAGGAGAUCUGAAUUUCAGUAUUUAGAUCUGAUUAUUAUUAAAGCUUUUAUAGAUGGUCAAGCAGUUCUUGUCAGUGGAAAAUCGCGGCAAAUUUAAAAAAUGUAGGCGCGAAGGGUUGAUGUAGGUACCAUUGAAAAUAUGAAUUUCGUGCCAUUUUUCUACAGACAAGAUUUGCUUGACCAAAUUUAUUUUAAGUAUAUUUUUGAUUGUAUAAUUAGGUAAUCUAGCAGUUGGCGAAACCUUAACAUAAUUACCAAGGUACCCUUGUAAAGAAACGAGAACUCUAGUUGUAAGUGAUGUAUAUUACCUAAUUGUAUUAGAAUAGAAGUACCUACCUAGUACACCUAACCUAGCUUGUAAAUUAUAAUGAGUAACUAUUUUUAAUGGGUACGGGUAAGAAUAAAAUAGGCUUAUUUAACAAUGAAACUAGAUUUAAAAACUGCAUAGAAGUCUGUAUACUAUAAAGAGUAUAAAGGAAUCAGACUUCUUCAUAGAUACGGGUUCCCCUGCAUCUGGCAGCUUAUGAUCAUAACAGUAUAUGGUAUGAGUAUAUGAUUAGCAGGGGGCCUAGCCAAGAUGACAAUCGUUUGCAGAAAAUGAAACACUUUUGUCUCUAUCACUCUUCCAUAUUAGUGCGAUAGACAUGUUGUGCCGUUUCGUUUCUCUGCGAACGAUUAUCUUGGCUAGGGUCCCAGGUAAGAAACAAUAUCCCCAUAUUACGGUAUAUUACCCGCUGUUAACAACUGGGAACAACCUAAACUGUUUGUAGCGAGUUAAGUUUAGAGUGCUCGCUCCAUAGGUACAUAGAUAAAAACUAGGGAUAUUUGGUGCCAUUUUUAGGCAGUAAGAAUUGUACGUGAUCUAACCUUUUGAACGCCACAGACGGCAAUUGACGUCAACGCAAAAUCGUAUCAACGACGCCAAAGACGGCAUUUGACGUCGAUCGUUUUUUGAUGAAAAUCUACUGAAAAACACUCCACUUUUAGGUUGGCAUUAUUUAUUGACAAAACUAAAUUUUACCCCCGUGGCGUCAGUGGCACGGUAAAUGGAUGCGCCGUUUGGCGUUCAAAAGGCUAAUCAGUAAUCACACUAGCGCUGUGGUUCUUAACCGGUAGUCCCUGGAAGCACCUGAAGCGGUCCGCGAAUAUAUCAAUAAAACAGUCAGAAGGUGUAACGUCCAAUACAUUUGACAGGAUAUUUUUGAGUGGCCUCUUGUCAUCUUGUCACUGAAAGGUUACGAGUUACGAACCAUUGCACUAGUUAGCCACGUCAGCUGUCCUACAAAGAAUGUUUAGUUAUGAAAUAAAAUACUAUUUUAAAACGAAUCAUGUAUUAUAAACACAUAAAUAUGACGACAAUCAGAAUU